AUGUCUCCAACCCCACCAAACACAACCCAAUCUCCUAUUACGAACCGCAUCAAAUGGAUUGACGGUCUUCGAGGAAUUGCCGCAUUUGUCGUGGCAUUCAACCACUACUUCUGCAGCGAGUUUCCGAUGCCAUUUCGCACGUACGGCACAGAGCCCCCUGAAGAAAACCAACGGCUCAUCCAACUUCCUCCAAUCAAGUUUCUAUGGUCCAUGAAAGCAAUGGUACUUUUAUUCAUGGUGAUAUCCGGCUAUUCAGCAUCUAGAUCUCUCCUGGAGACUAGGGACAACCGGCCAGAGCAGCUCACAGAUCGUCUACGGUCCUCAAUUUGUCGCCGCCCGUUCCGCCUUCUCUUACCCGUCCUUGCAAUAGCUGUACCCAGUCAAGUAGCCUUUUACUGUGAUCUUUUCAAAGGAGCAUUGACAGAGGACUUCACCGCAUGGGUCCAGCCAUGGACAUCUCCAUGGCAUCACGUGCUCUACGUCUGCGCAUACAUGGCUGAUAAUUUGGAAAUUGUUCAAUUACAAUGGAAUCUAGGAGUGAAUGCGCAGACCUGGACAAUACCGCUUGAUCUUCGCGGAUCUUACGUGGUGUACUUCAUGAUAUUCGUCCAGGCCGCAUGGAGCCCCUACGUGCGAGUAUACAGCUUGGGUAUGACGGUCCUCUACUUUCUCCGAUACGGCCGAUGGGAUAUCUUCUGCUUUCUGGCUGGGCUCGGUCUUGCCGAGAUCAACACUAUUCACGACCGCACCGGAGAUUACCGACGAUUCCUUGGGGGAUCUGUGAGCUUUGUGCUGCGCCUGGCGCUGGGAGUUUAUUUGUUCUGUCUAUCUGGCGAAGCGGAUACGUAUCCAGCGGAUUAUGGGUUUCUGGGAUCGAUACAGCCUACGGUCUGGUCUCGUUGGGGCUGGGUAGAGGCGCGACAGACCUGGAAUGCUAUUGGAGCAGUCCUUCUCUUUUCAGUCUGCAUGCAGAGCUCCCGGACUCAGAGGUUUCUCUCCUUGAGGUUAUUCCAGUAUCUUGGCCGAUUGUCUUUCCCGAUAUAUCUUUGUCAUGUGUUGGUUUAUCAGGUUAUACGGAGGCCAUUGCGGGAUCAUGUGUGGUGGCUUUUGGAGAAGCGAGAAUACCCUGGUAAUUCGAAGGCGGCUGAGAGCUUUGAUUCGCUCUUGAUAGCUUUGGUCAUAUCCGGUGUGCUUUGUGGAUCUGUGGUAUUCCUAGUGGCCGAAUUGUAUGCGCAAUUCGUGGAUCCGCAGUUGGUUCGGUUGACUAGGAAGAUUGAUAUUUGGGUGAAUCAGAAGGAGGAGACUUGCGCCAAGAUUGAAAGUUGGAAGAAUCAAUAG